CACAGAGCUAAGCUGUCUGGGUUUUCUGAGACUAAGGAAUUGUGUGAUAUAAGUGUUAACUCCGAGCAUAAAAGAUAUAUUGCUGCUUUUAAUGUAAGUUCUUUUAAGGGAUGUAAGAUGAAGAAGGAAAUUCACGUGCAGUUCAGAUGACUGAAGUUUUGUAAAGGCUAAAUUUCCUGAAGUGGUGUGUUGAUAUUAGUAUAUGAGCUGAAUGCCACGAAGUGCAGGUCUUCAGGUGCUCACUCUUAUAAGGAGUGCAGUUUAAUAUUCCACUUAGACACAACAGACAAAGCAAUAUGGCCGAAAAGCAAAGCCCAGUCCUCGAGUUUGGCUACCCCGACGAACGAUUCGAAUCCGUUGUAAGCGAGAAUCUAUACUGUGCUAUUUGUUCGUGCGUGUUGAAGAAUCCAUUGAUGUGUAAAAACGAACACUGUUUUUGUCGAGCAUGUAUCACGAUGCAUCUUGAAAAUUAUCAAAAUUGUCCUACAUGCAAACACGAUCUGAGUGUGGAUUCCCUGAUGAAAGCACCGCGUAUUUUGAGAAAUCUGCUGUCGGAAAAGCGAAUUAAGUGUGAUUAUUACGAGCGCGGUUGUGAAGAAAUCAUUGAGCUUGGAAACCUGGCAAGUCAUGUCGCUGUGUGUGGCAAAGCUCCAGUUGUGUGCUCGAAUGAAGAAUGUUCAAGAGAGAUCAACAGAGAGGAUCAAACACGACACGAGAGCGAGGAAUGCAGAUUUUGGAAAAUUGGAUGUCGAAAUUUUGAAGAGAUGGGCUCUAUGAUCCAGGAAAUUGGGACUGGCUUGGGUGGCCUGUGCGAGCAAGUCACAAACUUGAGCAGCAGCGUCAAUGAACAGAUCAGUGAAGUAAAAACUGGUUUGACAGCUGUAGAAAACAGAUUUGAUGUGAUGGAAAGCAGAUUCGAAGUGUGGGGGAAAAAGUUUGAAAAAAUCGAAAAACAGCUCUUUUUCCAAGAAAAUCAAACAUCUAGAGAUCAGCGGCAUGAAGUCGUGGACGAUUUGCGUGUAAAAAGUGAUCAGGCGACUGCAGUAGAUCCAUCAAACGAUAUCAUUGACGAAGGGAAUCCUGUAGAACAUGCAUACGUUGUGGCAGGUGGAUACGGAAAGGACACGCAGGUUUUAAAUUCUUCCGAGGUUUUUGAUAAAAGCUCAAAUUCAUGGAGGCCGUUGCCACCAAUGGAAAGGUGUCGUGCUAAUGCAAGUUCGGUUUGUUACAAUGGCCAUGUCAACGUUGCUGGCGGUGUCUCGGAGGACAAGCGCGUUCUGAGCAGCGUUGAGCAGUUUAGUCGUUUUUGGUCCAACUUUCCAGUUAAUUUGCCCAAAUUAUUGAAAGGACACCGUACUGUUGGAAGUGGCGAUAAAAUGUUUGUUGUUGGCGGUUACGACCAAGAGAAAAAGGGUUACUCUAAUAUGAUAUACGAAAUCCAACUACGCCUCCCUUUUAAUACAAAGGUUUUGGCCAGACUUCCUUUUUCAACACCUGUCCGUGGCUGUGGUGUAGUAAAAACGAAUGACAAAAUUCUGAUAUUUGGAGGUAGUGCGAGAGAUACAAAUCCUGCUACGGCGAUUGUCACAAUGUACGAUUUAACUAAGAACGAGUUCAAGGAACUUGCACCAUUGCCAUACAGUGUGUGCAACAUGGCAACAGCCAAAUAUGAAGAAAACGUGGUUCUUGCUGGUGGUUCUGACAAUUAUUUACUUGGAGACGUAAAGAAUACAGUCAUCAGUUAUAAUAUUGAGACACAAAAGAGUGUCAUGCUCCCACCAAUGAAAUGCAGUCGCUCUGAAUGUUGUGCAGUCGUUGAUGGAGACUCUUUGGUGGUGAUGGGAGGAGAAAAUCGGCGUUUCAAAUGCCUGAACUCAGUAGAAGAAUUCAACUUUAGGACAUCGAAAUGGACAGGUCUUCCUUCAAUGAAAACAGAAAGGAAGGCUUUCGUUGCGGAGGUUAUUUAGAAUCAGUUAAUCACGACAAUCUUUGAAGUCCUAUCUGCAUGUAAUCUUAAAUAUUGGGGGUUCUCAAUGAAUUCUGACCACGCCGUUAGACUGAACUUGUUCUCCUUAUUUUCGUAACAGAAUAAUUUAUCAAAAGCGACGGGACCUUUUGUCUGCUUUGGCAAGAUGACACCUAAAUUUACUAAGAUAUUGUUAAAUUUGCACCUGGCUUCUUUUGG